AUGUCUAAGUCAUCUUCUGUCUCCUCCCACAAGAUGCAGGGGUUCCAGCCAAACGAGCGCGCAGCGGCUUCGCCGACGCCGCGAACGCAGUCGAACAGCGGCAACGACGGUCGACAGCUCAAUGCGGGGGAUUCGUCAGUGGCGGACCCGUCAGGUAAAACCGGAUCCGUGUUUCUUUUGCCGAAUGCACAGAGAACGCACUCCUCGCGUGGGGCAUUGCACCGGCUAAAUGAGAAAGGCAUGACUAAAUGCGCAUGAUCAACAAAUACUACCAGGGUGUUCCAGUGGCAGUGAGCAAAGCGGGACAUUGGAGUGCCCGGAAGAAAAACAGCAUAUGCGGUCGUUUUUGGCGCGCGCUUUACCACCGCAAACAAGUCGUGUAGACGUUGGCACGCUCGCAGCCCCCUCCGGUAAAUUGAUUCGGUGAGAAGCCCCGUUUUUGUUUGGGGACAGAUGCUCAUGUAUGGAUGUCGGUCCUCGUCAGGGGAAUGUUUAUUUCCCUUUUGGACGACCACGCACCACCCAAAACAGGUAUCGUCGCUAGCACAGAGGACAUUGACGCAACGCUUGCGAAAACAGUUAAAGCAGCCAAAAGCGCGGCCCAAACGGUAAAGGCGUUCGCGAGCAAGAAAGUAGAGCCCGAAAAAAUUCACUGGGACGAACUGUCUGGCGAAAUUGAUCUCUCUGUCAUUCCUUCCGCGAAAGACGGGACAUUACCAGUGCAACUGCUAAAAAUCGAUCGCGCCACGAGUUCUGCCUCGUCCUCUUCAAAUUCGAGUGCGAUCACGAGGCAGGUCGCUGCCGGCGGCCUGUCCCUCCCUUCCGUCGGAGACGACUUGAUGCUGAGUGAGCGAGACAGCACUCGUAGAAGCUCGGCUCCUUCAGCUGACGCCGAGAAAGCAAACACGACGAGAGGCUCCCGGCAAACAAGCAGCAGUGCGGCUCGCGUUGUUUCAUCAAACGGGGAUGCUAUGUACUCCGUACACAGUUUCGCUUCCUUUGCCUCGGAGCAGCCAGGGCCGACGCUCAAGGAACAAACCGCGAGAAUGAGGUUGCGACACGCGACCGCGUCAGCGGUGCGGAGCGCGGAGGAGGAAUUAGGCAAAAUCGGUCGACCAAGUACGAGCAAAACCGCAACAGACAUUCCGCCGGGCAGCAGCAGAAACGAUGAGCCAGCGAGUAGCAGUACAAAAGAAUUAUCAUCCGACUGUUUCGUUGAGUACGGCGGGACGACAAGAAGUGCAGCUUCCCCGAGCCGCGAUGCACUGCUGUGCCGCACCUCAUCUUACGACCUGGGCCUCAACAACAGUUACGAGAACAAUUUUAGCACGGCCGGCUCGCUGUCACCGUUUCGGCGGGGCUUGUUAUUCGAGACGCAGACCCCCACGCCCGACAGAGAAAUCCAGGACGCCCAAGGACGGCUCGGCGGCGUGGCGUGCGGUUUGCGGGCCACCGCGCGGGCGUUGAGUUGGGACAGCAUGUCGGACCACACCUACGUUUCGAGCUCCACGGACGUGUCCCCAGUUUUAACGGAAAAUUCGCCAAACAAGCGGUCGACAAUCCACACGCAGAACCCCCUGGACGAAGCCCGACCCGUUCCCCUCAACCGAAACAUGCGCCGAAUUCACGCCGCGAACACGAUCUCCGGCGACGUAGUGGCAGUCGCGCGGGGCAAGCACGACGGCCGUUGUAGUUUGCCGAACGGGACGGCGGCGGCGAUCCCGUUGCGGGCCUUGCUUUCGCCGCGCCACCGUGCGCAGUUUGGGCCAGAUGACUUCACGGAAACAACAGGAGAGCUGUUGGGCGACCAGAAAAGUAUCUUAGCUGUUUGCGAUCGGAGUGUUAAAGAGGAAAUGUGUUUCUAGUUCGUUUGCCGAAACAGGCCGAGAUGAAGAUGCCCCCGUCUCGUGUCGAAUUUCGAUUUCAACUAUGUUUAGGAAGAAGUUUCAGUUUCGGUUUGAAAUCUUUUACCGUGUUCGCAUGCGCAAGAAAAAAAAAACGCAAAAAAAAAAAAAAACAGAAGCAGCGGAGGGCGUCGCACUUCUGCGACAACUGAAGAGCGGCCUCGGCAGCGGCACGGUGGGGCGGUGGGAGCCGCAACCUGUGGCGCCGAUUGA